AUGAGAUACUCAUUAUUUGUUAAUUCACUCGUUUUUGCUUCCUUUGUCUUUGCAGACGAUGAUGAUAGUUCAACAUCAACAACUGAUACCUCAUUAAUUACAACAGCACCAGAAACAACAGCAGAUAGUCCUUGGGCUACAUACCCUACUGUAGCCAAAACAGCAUCAAUUAAUGGUUUUGCUGAUAAAAUUUAUGAUCAAUUACCAGAAUGUGCUAAACCGUGUAUGUUUCAAAACACAGGAAUAACCCCUUGUCCAUAUUGGGAUACAGGAUGUUUAUGUAUUAUGCCAAUGUUUCAGGAUUUAAUUGGAUCAUGUAUAGCAGACAAUUGUUAUGGUUCAGAUGUUUUAGAUGCUAGAUCAUUAGCUACCUCGAUUUGUUCAAGUGCAGGUGUUUGGGAACCUUAUUGGAUGCCACCAGCAAGUGUUAGUUCUGCUUUAGAAGUCGCUGCUACAGCUAUACCAACCGUUGAAUCAAGUAACACAAUCUUAGAGACUCCAUCAAGCUCAAGCUUAGCAGAAACUAUUGAAGAGACAAGCUCAUCAGAAAUUAUUGAAGAAACCAGUACAUCAGAGGUCAUUGAAACUACUACUUCAUCCACAUCAGAAAUUGUUGAAGAAAGUAGUACAUCAGAAAGUAUUGAAGAAACAAGUUCAUCAUCAGAAAUUGUCGAAGAAACAACCUCAUCCACAUCGUCCACUGAUACUUCAAGCUCAUUAAUAACUACAGCACCGGAUACUACGACAACAGCAGAUAAUCCAUAUGCCACUUACCCAAGUGUACCAAGAACAGCAUCAAUCAAUGGUUUUGCUGACAGAAUUUAUGAUCAAUUACCAGAAUGUGCAAAACCAUGUAUGUUCCAAAACACAGGUAUAACACCAUGUCCAUAUUGGGAUACAGGUUGUUUAUGUAUCAUGCCAUCAUUCCAAGGAUUGGUCGGAUCAUGUAUUGCAGAAAAUUGUUUUGGUAGUGAUGUAUUAGAUGCUAGGUCAUUAGCUACUUCGAUUUGUUCUAGUGCUGGAGUUUGGGAUCCGUAUUGGAUGCCACCAGCUAGUGUUAGUUCAGCUUUAGAAAUUGCUGCAACUGCUAUACCAACCAUUGAAUCAAGUAGCACAAUUUUAGAGACUCCGUCAAGCUCAAGUUUAUCAGAAACUAUUGAAGAGACAAGCUCAUCGGAAAUUAUUGAAGAAACCAGUACAUCAGAGGUCAUUGAAACUACUACUUCAUCCACAUCAGAAAUUGUUGAAGAAACAGACUCAUCCACAUCAUCUACAGAUACUUCAAGUUCAUUAAUAACUACAGCACCAGAUACUACAACUACAGCAGAUAAUCCAUACGCUACUUACCCUAGUGUACCAAGAACAGCAUCAAUCAAUGGUUUUGCUGAUAGAAUAUAUGAUCAAUUACCAGAAUGUGCAAAACCAUGUAUGUUCCAAAACACAGGAAUAACCCCAUGUCCAUAUUGGGAUACAGGAUGUUUGUGUAUUAUGCCAUCAUUCCAAGGAUUGGUCGGAUCAUGUAUUGCUGAAAAUUGUUUUGGUAGUGAUGUAUUAGAUGCUAGGUCAUUGGCUACGUCGAUUUGUUCAAGUGCUGGUGUUUGGGAACCUUAUUGGAUGCCACCAGCAAGUGUUAGUUCAGCUUUAAGUGUGGCCGCUACAGCUAUUCCAACCACAGAGAUAAUUUCUAUAGGUUUAUCAAGUUCAAGUGUAGCAGAAGAAACUUUUUCUUCAGAAAUCACGAUUAGUGAAACAUCCAUUGAAGAAUCAUCAACUAGUACUACCGAAAUAGAAAGCACAACCUCAUUAACUGCUUUACCAACUUCACCAGUCAAUCCGGAUGAGCCUUUCACCAUUGCAGCUUCAUUACAAGGUAUUGUCUCAUUUUUCACCACUAAUGGCACAUCAAUUAAAUUAUUUAGUGGUUCAGUUGUUAAUUUCACUAUUGAAGAUGGAUUCCUUAAAGUAUCGGAGACUGAAUAUAUUCAAGUAACUCCAGAAGGAGCAUUAGUUAUUGUUAAUGAUAGAGAAGAAGCUACAUCAGGUUGGGGCAUGAAUGAAAAUCAAUUAACUUUAACAGCUACUGAAGAAACUAGAUCAUUAUUUAAACGUGAAGAUGUUCAAUUUCAAUCUUGUCCUGCUGAAGAAGGUAGUGAUGUUCAUAUAGGUGAUAACAAUGAAGGAUGUACUCCAAUUCAAGCUGCUGCCGAGAAUGUCGAUGAUCAAAGCUCAACAGAAGAAUCUACUACGACUGAUAAUACAAGCUCAACUGAUAAUGCAUCAUCUACUCAAGAAACUGCAUCGGUUGAAACUACAACUCAAGAUACAGCAAGUCAAGAAACUUCCAACACUAGUCAGGAAACUUACAGUCAAUAUACCACAAGUCUAGAAACUACAAGUGAAGAAACUACUAGUCAAGAAACUACAAGUGAAGAAACUUCAUCUACAAAUACUUCAACUCAAGAAGCAACUUCAGAGGAAAACUCAACUGAAGAUAAUAAUACCACCGAUAUUACACCUGUCACUACAACUACAUCAACAAGCGACUCUUCAUUAAUCACAACAGCACCAGAAACAACAACAGCAGAUAACCCAUAUGCUACUUACCCUAGUGUAGCAAGAACAGCAUCAAUCAAUGGUUUCGCUGACAGAAUUUAUGAUCAAUUACCAGAAUGUGCUAAACCAUGUAUGUUUCAAAACACAGGAAUAACUCCCUGUCCAUAUUGGGACACAGGAUGUUUGUGUAUCAUGCCAUCGUUCCAAGGAUUGGUUGGAUCAUGUAUUGCUGAGAAUUGUUAUGGCUCUGAAGUUUUAGAUGCUAGGUCAUUAGCUACGUCAAUUUGUUCAAGUGCAGGUGUUUGGGAACCUUAUUGGAUGCCACCAGCUAGUGUCAGUUCAUUAUUAGAAAUUGCUGCUACUGCUAUCCCAACUACAGAUAUUAGUACUACAGAAUCACCAAGUGACAUUUCAUCCAGUUUAAGCUCAUCUGAAAUUAUUGAAGAGACUGGCUCGUCAGAAAACGCUGAAGAGACCAGCACAUCAGAGAUAGUUGAAGAAUCUACAUCUAGCUCAGGCUCAUCCCAAAUUGUUGAAGAAACUACAACAAGUUCAUCUGAAGGUACUGAAGAGACUAACGCAUCAGAUAUUAGUGAAGAAACAAGUUCUACCUCAUUAGAAAACGUUGGCGAAACUUCAUCAACAUCUACAUCCACAGAUGAUCCAAGCUCAUUAAUUACCACAGCUCCAACAACAACUGAAGAUAACCCAUACGCCACUUAUCCUAGUGUAGCAAGAACAACCUCAAUCAAUGGUUUCGCUGAUAGAAUAUAUGAUCAAUUACCAGAAUGUGCUAAACCAUGUAUGUUUCAAAACACAGGAAUAACACCAUGUCCAUAUUGGGAUACUGGUUGUUUAUGCAUAAUGCCAUCAUUCCAAGGAUUGGUUGGUUCAUGUAUUGCAGAAAACUGUUUUGGUAGUGAUGUAUUAGAUGCUAGAUCAUUAGCUACUUCGAUUUGUUCAAGUGCUGGUGUUUGGGAACCUUAUUGGAUGCCACCAGCUAGUGUCAGUUCAUUAUUAGAUGUUGCUGCUACAGCUAUCCCAACUACAGAUGUUAGUACUACAGAAUCACCAAGUGACAUUUCAUCAAGUUUAAGUUCAUCUGAAAUUAUUGAAGAGACUGGUUCAUCAGAAAACGUUGAACAGACUAACUCAUCAAAUAUCAGUGAAAAUAUAAGCUCAACUUCAUUAGAAAACGUUGGAACCUCAUCUUCUACUCCAUCUACAGAUAUUUCAAGCUCAUUAAUAACUACAGCACCAGAUACUACAACCACAGCAGAUAAUCCAUACGCCACUUAUCCAAGCGUUGCAAGAACAGCCUCAAUCAAUGGGUUUGCUGAUAGAAUUUAUGAUCAAUUACCAGAAUGUGCUAAACCAUGUAUGUUUCAAAACACAGGUAUAACACCAUGUCCAUAUUGGGAUACUGGUUGUUUAUGUAUAAUGCCAUCAUUCCAAGGAUUGGUUGGAUCAUGUAUAGCAGAAAAUUGUUUUGGUAGUGAUGUUUUAGAUGCUAGAUCAUUAGCUACUUCGAUUUGUUCAAGUGCUGGAGUUUGGGAACCUUAUUGGAUGCCACCAGCCAGUGUUAGUUCAUUAUUAGAUGUUGCUGCAACUGCUGUUCCAACUACUGGUGUAAGUACCACACUUCAAUCAAGCUCGGGUCUGCCAUCAAGCUUUGAAAGCUCAUCAGAUAUUGUUGAGGAGACAAAUUCAUCAACGACAUCAAAUACUGUAGAGGAGACCAGCCCAUCAACAUCAAACAUUGUCCGAGAAACAGCUAUUUCAUCAUCUAGUACUACUGAAAGUGUAAGCUCUGAAACUGAAAGCUCAUUGCCAACUGAACCAGUAAAUCCUGGUGAAUCAUUUACUUUAUCUGUAUUAUUUAACAAUGAAAUUACAAGAUUUGAAACAAAUGGUACUCAUAUAAAAUUAUUUGAUGGUUCGUUGGCCGAAUUUGCAAUUGAAGAUGGCUUAUUACAUGUAAUUAAUUCUGGUUACAUUCAAGUUGGAUCAUUAGGUGAAUUAAUUGUUGGGGAUAUAGAGAAUUCUACUAGAGGUUGGGGUAUUGAAAAUAAUAAAUUAACUUUUGAAAUUCCAUUUGCUAAAUUAAAGAAACGUCAAGAAGAAGUUCAAUUUUAUGUUUGUCCUGCUGAAACUGGGUAUGAUGUACGUGUGAUCAAUAGUGAUGAAUGUAUUUUGGUUGAAGUGUCUGCUGGUAAUAUUAAUGUUACAGAACCAACAACUAGUGAUACAAGCUCAUCAUCAAUUGCAAAUGUAAGUACUGAAUUAAGUUCAACUAUUAUUUUGAGCAGUGUAUUAGCUUCAGAAACUGGUUUAACUGCUUCAUCUCAAUUAUUUACCAACACAACGACUGCUUCAGAAACUACGUAUCCAGAAUCAACAAUAAUCACAUCAACUGGAACAUCAACAGACGCUGAAGGAAAUGAAUCAGUUUUUACAACCACUCAAACUAUCACUGAAGUAAGUGUAUAUUGUGAAGUAUCAUCAGCAAGUUCAGUUCAGAGUGAAGCUCAUCAAAUUCAAACUAGUGCAGCUGCUGUCCAAUCAACAUUAAUUGAACACCAACAAAGCGUAGUUACAGUCAUUGUAUCAUGUGAAUCAGCUAUAUCAUCAUUAGAAUCAGUCAAAUCAUUGGCUCAGAUAGUAACCAAAACAGAAAUUAUUGCAAGUUGUGAAAGUGAAAUUAAAUCAUUAUCAUCAGUAGAAGAAGGUGCUAAACAAACUUUAGAAUCAAUAGUUAGCCAACAUGAAUCAGCAGUACAAAAAUCUGCAGCCUCAAAACAACAAUCAGCUGCAUCAGUACAAUUAAGUGCAGCCAAUAUACAACAAUCAACUGAAAUUUUAGCUAAUGCUCAAUCAGCCGUAGCUCAAGCUUCUCAAGCUAGUGUUGAAGCAUCUCAAGCUCAAAGUAUAGAAUCAGUUGUUUUGGAAACUGCUACAGCUUAUAUUACAAUCACUACCACUGCUACUCGAUCUCAUCAAACUCAAUCUGUUGCAGCUCAAAAUCAAUCUGCUCAAAGUGCUGGUUCUUUACAAAGUGAAAGUCAACAACAAGGACAACAGCAACAAGAAGCAAGUCAAACAAGUGGUCAACAAACAGUAGCAGAUAAAGGUAGACCAGCUGAAUCAUCAUUGAUCUCAAGUUCAGGCUCACAAAAUUCAGUUGCUGGUUCAGCAUCAACUUCAGCAUCAGCUAGCGCCUCCCCACAACAAUCAACUGUAUCCGAAUUCAAUAAUUCUGGUUCAAAAUCAUCUGGAUUCCAUCUCAGUUUAGUGAUUUCAAUAAUUACAAUAUUCGUUGGGUUCAUUUAG